AUGUUAUCUACCGCGUCGAACGUAAAUAAUAGACAAGAACAAUUUGAACUUGCAAAACUAAAAAAUUUCUCAAAACAUGAACUCUUGUUACCAUCUUUUUUACAAGAAAUACAUGAGAAAUAUCAAGAAUUAAAGAAAAAUUUAAAAGAAGAUUGUAGUAAAACAACUCCAUUGCUUUUACAAAAUUGUGAAAUUUUAGCUUAUCAUUAUUACGGUAUAGCUUGUUAUUAUAAUAAAAAUUUAUUCGAAAAAUAUAAAAUCGAUUUGGGAGGCGUUAAAAUCAAUUUGGAACGCCUAUCUUGCGAUGAAAAAACUGUUUUUGAAAGUAAAGUGCAGUCUUUAAGACUAAUAAGAUUAAUUAUAACAUUGGAAGACAUGUUAGCAAUACAUAGUUCUCAAGAUUUGUGGUUAAUGGCGGAUAUAUCAAUGUAUUUAUCAGAAGCAUACAAAUUAGGGAAUGAAAAUAUAAUAAGUGAAAAAUAUGUGAAAGCAGCUGAAAAUCUUUUUGUACGUGCCUUUAUCGAAAGAGAAUUUUUGGAAAAUUGUAUUGAACUUUGGCUUAAAGGAAAUACUGAUUUGUUAAAAGAAUAUGAUCGAAAUAAUUGCCAUACAAUUCUUCAAGGAAUUUUCAGUUCAGUUGGUGGAAUGCGUUAUUUAAAAGAUAUUCCAAAAUCAUUAAACCAACAGGAAUACUACAAAAUUUUAAUGAAUCACUUUGCCUUACUAAAUGAUAUGGAUGAGAAUGAAAUUAUAUAUUAUUUCAAAAGGAAUUGCCUUGAAGAAUUGUCUACUUAUAGUGAUAGUUUUAAAAAUCAAUUGACAUUUUUACAUAAUUUCAUAGAUUUCCUAAAAACAUGUGACUAUCCUCAAUCAUUUAUUGAUGCUUUAGAAAAAGUGAAUGAUAUUGAUUUACCGUUGCCGAUGUUAAUUAAUGUUAUAAGAAAUUUCGAUGAACGCGUUUGUGGAGAAAAAUUUUUGCCGCUACAAAACUCCGCCGUUUGCUUAAUUGAAGAUAGUGGUUUUUACUUAUAUGAUCAAUUAAAAGAAGUCAUACGUGCUUAUACUAAAAAAAUAAGUUUUGAAACCAAAGAAAUUGAUGGUCGAAAACCCGAGAAUUUCGCUUAUUCCAAAAAUGCGUCCACUGGAAGUGAUGGUAAUGGUGAGGAGGGGAAAGACGGAUAUGCUGGCGAGAGUGGUGGAAAUGUACUAAUACUUUCAGAAAUAAUAGAAAAUUCUGAAAAUUUUACGAUAUGGUCGACAGGAGGAAAUGGUAGUAAAGGACAAGACGGAGGUCACGGAAGGAAUGGUGAAGAUGGUGAUGGUAUUCGUUGGUAUCAAUUUGAGAAUGCAUUCCCACCACCAUGCUUAUUAUUUGACUUUAAGUUUGGAUAUGGAAGAAAAGCCCUUAUAGAUAAAAAUAUUGAAAGUGCUAUUUUUAUGGAAGCAAAAACCGAAAAGGGAAAUAAAAUUACUUUCGUUUUCAAUGCAAGUUCAGGUGAGAUAGGAAUGGGAGCCUGUAUUUUGUACGAAGGAACACCAGGUGUUCCAGGUGGGAAGGGUGGAAAUGGCGGUUUGGGUGGUCAAGGCGGAUAUUUUGGAAAUGAUGGGGAGAACGGAGAAGGAGGUUUAUAUGGUAAAUGGGGUAAAGAUGGCUGGGAUAUCGCAUAUAUUGACUAUCAAUUUUGGAGUGAGCCGAUAUUUUAUGGUAAAAAUGAAGAUAGUAAGUGUAAUCUUGUGUAUCGCAAUAAUGAUCCUGGUAGUAGUAUAUAUUGCUCUUACAAAGAGAAGUAUCUUACAGUUGAAACUCGUAGGAAUGUUCAGAAAUAUGAGAAAAAUUUUAAGAAAGCAACUGGUAGCAAAUUAGUUAGUGAUCGACAAAGGCAUGCAAGUGCUACGAGAAAAAAAUUUAUAUCGGAAGAUAGUAUUUUAGCGAAAUAUUCACAUUAUUUUUCCUCUGUAAAAACAUCUGAAUUUCAAAAUUUAACAUCUGAAUUUCAUAAUACUAAAGAAAGCUUACAAAAAAUUAUUGAUAACCAAGAACAGAAAGAGAACCGCAGUAUACAAAUAAGAAUUCAAAAAACUUUUAAUCCUAGAAAAACAAACAAACUGCAAAGAGCGCCUGUCAAUAAAGUAAGCGAAAUCUUUAACCAAGACACUAAAAAUGAUGUUUUGUUUAAAAAUUUAAAUGAAAAUCCUUGCGUUACCGAGGAAUGCAUUUUAAUCGAGAAAUAUAGAUUAGCUUCUUUGGAAGAAAUGGUAAAAUUUUUACCAAUUGAUUGGCGUGUUGAAAAUAGUUCAGAUUGUAUCAUUGACUUAUUAGAAUAUUUGACUGACAAAAAAGAAAAUUGUAACAGCAUUAUUCAUCCUGCUUUGCAACCAUUAUCUCGAUAUUUUAAUGAAGAUAAUAUAGAACUGCGCAAGACAAUCUCUAAACUUUGUCUUAACAUUAAAAAAGAUGAAGGACUAUACGUUACAUUAAAACAGCUGCAAUGGAGUACAGACUUAGAACCAUAUUCGGAAUUAGAAGACGAAUGUGUGAAAAAUGAAUUGCUAUUAAAAGAAUUUACUAGUUACAUUGAAAAGAUUGGUUUAAAAUCGAAUAGCUAUAGGGAAAUACUUUCUCGUAUAUUUGAUGUAAAUAUCAUUUUGUAUGAAAACGAUGAGGAGGAAUCCUUUUUAUUGACCAAUCAUAAUCCUUCUUGUAAAAAUAGUGUUCAUUUAGUAGUUGAGUUUGGAAAAUUUAUACAAUUACAUGUUGAUGAAAAUUUUUUCAAGCUUGAAAGAAGUCGUCUAAAGGAAAACUAUUUUUAUGCUUCUAUUUUAAGCGAGAUUUAUCAAUUAAAACAAAAAGAAGAAACUUUCGAUAUCUUUGAAAUAGAUUUUAAAAGCUUGUAUUGUUCCUUAAGAACUUUCAUUUUGGAAGUCGGAAAUUCGAACGAAACAAAUGACAUUAUAAAACAACUUUACAAAAAAUAUCAUAAUUCGCUUAGAAAAGAGCAGAUUUUAUUGAGUAAUAGUGCACAAUUAUGUGAUUUAAAUUCCGAUUAUUUGAAGGAUGAAUCAAUAUACAGGGAAUAUGUAAAGCAUAUAAAAAAACAACAAUUAUUUUCGGAAAGCUAUAGAGAAUUGUUGGCAUAUAUAUAUGACGUUAAUAUAAAUCUUUAUAUGGUAGGAAAAGAAAAUAAAUUAGUCUUGCAAAAUAAUCACAACCCAUUUUCCAAGCAAAGUAUUUAUGUGUUGUAUAGAGAUAAGAAAUUCACACAAUUUUUUAUUGGUGAAAACUAUUUGAACCCUAGUCGAAAAAUAAAAACAAAAGAAAUGCUGUAUUCGAAGGUUUUUAUUGAUCAUAGAUCUUUUGAGCAAAACGAAAGAUUGCUAAGCUAUUUAGAAAAUUUGAACUAUAAAAGAUUUAUUGAAAAUGAAAAAAUAAAAAAAGAACGACAUUUGCAUGAAAAAGAAUAUAUGAAGACGAUCUCACAAUGUUUUCCUGAAAAUGAGCAAAUUGAUUUAAACUCAAGGCUUGAAAAAUUGACGUUCAUUGGGAAUAGUGACAUUUUAUUUCAUAUAUCACAACGUCUCAUGUAUGAGGGGAGAAAUAUAUCUUGUCAGGAAAUGUAUUGUUUAAUAAACUCAAUUCUUGAAUGUGUAUCAGAAGAUAAAAAUGAAUUAAAUAUCUUGGAUUGGGUUAUAUCAGCUCAUUCUCAAAAAAAUUGGAUAGAUGAAUUAAUUUUGUUAAAAAUUGAAGAUUAUUUCAAAAGAUUGUUGAAAGAGAAAAUAAAGUGGAGGAAGUAUUUAAACGGAAUUGAAAAUAAAACCUUAUUGCUUUUGUUUUAUAAAAAAUUAAACGAGUGUAGUAGUGGAAUUUCAAUUUCUUGUCAGUGUAUUGAAGAUACUUUAUAUUUGUUGAGUAAUAUUCCACUGAAAUCAACAGAAAAUUUAGAAAAAUUAGAGUUAUCUGAGUGGCCAUAUGCUCUUAAAGAAAGUUAUUGGAGACAUAAAAUAUCAUCUUUAAUCACUAAUAUUAAUGAUGAAGAUAUAUCAAAAGCUACUUAUUUUCUCCUUUCUAUAGAAAAUGUUACUGGAACUAGUGUAAUAGAGGAAUUUUUAAAAGUUCUUCGAAAUAAAAAUACAUCAUCACAUGUGUUCAUUCAUAUUUUGUUCAAUUUUUACAACGAAAAAUGGAUUUUGGGUAUAGAAGAGGUAAAUGAAAUAAAAAACAUCAAGAUUGAAGAUUGGAUCAAAAAAAUGAAUGAGAAAUUUUUCGUUAACGAAAGAGAACGCAAUGUAACCCAAUUAAACAAAUUAAUAAGAAAGAAUGCUAAUACGUCAAAAGGAAUUUGUGAAAUAUUGUCAAAAAUUGAAAAACUAAUAUUGCUUCCUACUGAUUUUUCAAAUAAUUUUGAAGAAAGCCAUAUUCAGAAUUGGGCAAAGAAAGCCAAAGGUAGUGCUAUUCUUGAAAAUAUUCAAGAUGUAGUAGCAGUAAUCGAUCGAGCAAUACAAUUGAAAAGAAAGUUCAAGCUUCGUGAUACACAAAAAUUAGCUGUAAUGACUUUAUUAUUGAAUAAACGUAAUACAUUAGCACAAGUUUGUACUGGUGAAGGUAAAUCUUUAAUUGUUGUAGCAAUAUCGAUUGCCAAAGCACUUUGUAACCAAAAAGUCGAUAUCAUAACCAGUUCUUCUGUUUUGGCAAAACGAGACGCUGAAGAAAAUAAAGAUAUUUAUAGCCUAUUUAAUAUUAGUGUAUCACAUAAUUGCAAUGAGGAUAUCGAAAUAAGGAAAAAAUCCUAUUGGAGUAAUGUGGUAUAUGGAGAUUUAUCUAAUUUUCAACGGGACUAUUUGCUACAUGAAUUUUAUCAAAAAAAUAUUCUGGGUGAUCGUGCUCGUGAAAACAUCAUCGUUGACGAAGUAGACAGCAUGUUGCUUGAUAAAGGUAAUAACAUGCUAUAUUUAUCACAUGACAUGCCAGAUUUUGAUAAACUAGAGUCGGUUUACGUUUAUAUUUGGCAAUGGGUUAAUAAACCAGUAAGUUCUUAUAGUGAACUGUCCAAUGUAUUUAACGUAAAAGUAAUAAAAAAAGCAAUUUUAUCUCAAUUAUAUGAUGCAGUCAAAAGCGACGAUAUAAAGAACUUUGAUUCUAAACUAAGUCAAGAACAAAUACAAGUUAUUUGGGAACGGCUUCUGAGAGUUGAAAUAUUAGAUCAUCAUGGUGUAAUUAUUAAGGAAAAUGUUACUCAGAAAAAUUUUAUUAAUGCCUUUUCUACUGAAUUUGAAUACUAUACCGAAUGUGCGUAUUAUUUUUUUAAGGAAUUUUUGGAAAGAGAGAAACAAGUUCGACUCCCAAAUUACUUAAAACCAUUUGUGGAAGAACAUCUUGAGACUUGGAUUUCUAGUGCCAUCACAGCAUUUUUUAUGAAACCUGGACAGGAUUACGUUGUCGAUGUAGAUAGAACAAAAAUGAACCCUGAUCGUAAUCCUAAUAUUACCAUAAUUGAUAGGGAUACGGGAACAGAUCAAUCAAAUUCACAAUGGGAUGAAGCGUUGCAUCAAUUUUUACAGCUUAAACACGGAUGUAAACUAUCGCUACAAAAUUUAAAAGCAGUUUUUAUCUCGAACGUAUCCUUCUUUAAAAUGUAUAAAAAACUUUAUGGGAUGACAGGAACUUUAGGAUCACAAAGAGAAAAGGAUUUUCUGCAAGAGUUACAUGACGUUGAUUUCGUUAUUAUUCCCACAGCCAGAUCAAAACAGUUUGUUAAAAGUGAACAUAUCGUUUGUUCAACCAAAGAAGAGUGGAUAAAUUCUAUUUAUAAACAAACAAAAUCCAUUGUGGAAAACGAAAAUCGAUCGGUUUUGAUAAUUUUUGAGACUGUGAAUGAUGUUGAUUCUUUAUACAACUUUAUUGGGAAAAAAACUAAGAAUAAAAUUUAUACAUAUACACGAGAUUAUGAAGAGUUUAAUAUUGCUCAAGGAAAUCAAGAAUUAGAACAAAAACAAAUUAUUAUUGCAACAAAUUUAGCUGGUCGAGGAACAGAUAUAAAACUAAAAGAGAAAUUAAAAGAGGCAGGAGGGUUGCAUGUUUGUUUAACUUACUUACCCAAAAAUGUUCGCAUAGAAGAACAAGCUUUUGGUCGGGCAGGAAGAUGUGGCGAUAAAGACUCAGGCCAAUUGAUUGUUAAAACUGCGACACAAGAAAACUUAAAUAAUUCCAAAAUAUUUGCUUUAAAGGCUGAACGUAACGCAGAAGAAUUGCAUCAUAUAUCAGAAGUUAAAGCUUAUUAUGAAACUCAAAUUAUUACUGAAGAAAAUUGCUUUAAAAAUUUCAAAGAGGAAUAUAUUCAGUUGAAUAAAUCAUUAUCCAUUGCCUUGGAAGAUAAAUCGGUGGUUGAAGAAAUCGAAAAUCUUCUUCUACAAAGCUGUUUGGACAAGUGGGCAUUCUGGCUCAAUAAACAUAGUUUGCAGAUAAAAACAUUAAAAAAUAGUGAAGUAACAAUAUUUUUUAACAAUUCGUUGAGAGAAUUUCUUCAAUGUUUAAGAAAUUUAAAAUGCGAUAGUGUUCAAAACUUACAAGAUUGGGUAAGCGAUAGUCCGGUUAAAAUGAUUAAACUUGCAAAGUUUUUUACUCGUAAUGAAAAAUUUGGCGAAAGUAUAAAUUUACUCAAUAAUAUAAUCAAACAAGAGCCAAGCUUUUCCGAGGCGGCACAUUAUUAUAAAGCAUAUACAAUUGCCAAACAAAUUGAUUGGGAGUCUUCGGCAGAAAAAAAUAAGAAAAGUGUUAAAGAAUUCAAAAAUGAAUUACGUGAAGCUGCGAAACUUUUCGAUGAAAAUUGUAAAUUCUUUAUGUAUUACGCUGGAGUAAUUGGUAAAGUAAAAAAUAAGAGUAAAGGCAUUGUUCAAAUUAAUGCAUAUGAAGAACAAAAAAACAAGCAAGUCGCUUUAUAUCAACUUUUUUCAAGUUCCAUUGAUGAAAUUUUUGGUAAGUUUAUAACUUUGCAACAAUUUCAUGAAAUAACUGAUGAGAAAUCAUCCAAAUGUAUACAUGAAGAACUAAUUAAAGAAAAUAUUUUAAAAAAGCCACAUGUAAAAAAAAAUAUUUCCGAAAAGGAAAUUGCAAACAUCUCCGUAGGUUAUGGAAUAUCAGCAAGAAAGCUGAAUGAUUUUCUUUUAAAAUGUAAAAAUAUUAGCAGUGAAGAAAAAUUUGAAAAAAUGUUAAAGGAAGAAAUAAGGUUACCUAAUAAGGAAGAAUUUUGGGAAUUUCUAUUAAACGAAAAUAUUCUAAGAGAUGAAUCCAAAUAUAUUGUACUAAAUAAGAAAAAGUUUGAUGAACUGGAUCCAACAUUAACUGACGAAAAAAAUAAAAGCAACUUAAUGAAAGAAAAAAUUAACUUUGAAGACGGAAUCGUAUUUUUUGAUGUAGAAAAAGCAGUUACAUUUGCUCAAGUCGACUUCGAAAUUUUCAAGAAAGACUGUUUUUUAAAGUUUAUUGAAGCAAAUGUGUAUGAAAAACUUGAAAAGGAUGGAGUGAUAAAUCUUGCGAAGGCUGCAAUGAUUGAUUUAAGUAAUAUUGAUUCUAUAAACUUUCCUUCUUUCGAUUUUAUCACAUUAGAAGAUUUUGCUAAAGUAGAUAUUAAACGAAAUGAGGCAGAAAAAAUUUUACUAGAACUUGUAGAAAACAAUAUUCUUAAAAUAAAAAAUGCCGGAGAAAGUACAAUGUAUAAACUGGAAAUAAAAUAUGAUGAGAUUGAAAACAUUCACUUAAAUAGUUCUGUCUAUGAAAAUUCUGUUCAAGAACUUUUACGUGCGUGCUUUACUUAUAGAAUUGCUUUCCAAAAACUUAUAAAACAAAAAAAAGAAAACAAUUCUUGUAUUUGGAUAAAUCUAGCUAGUAAUCCCUAUAGUGAACUCUUAGCUAAACUUUUGGAAGCAAGGCUUUUUAAAUUAGCUACUGUUUUGAGAACAAAAAAAUCUUUAAAUGAAGAAAUUAAAACUAUUUUAAACAAUUUGAAAAAUCGCAAUCUUAUUGAUGAAAAAUUAUGUAAAGAAGACAUUAUUAACAACGUAACCAAAAUUUUAGAGAGUGUAAGAAGUUCAUUGAAGGCAUAUAAAGUUCCCGAAUUUAAUUUAAAAGAAUUGACAAAGUUUUUUGAUCAAGGCGAUUUUUCAAAUGUAGAAGAAAUGGAAAAUUUCUUUUUGAAUGGAUUAAACGAUGUAAUACAACUAGAAGAGAAAAAAUGGACUCGAGAAAUGAUUUUCAAUACUCUUAUAGUAAUAUCACUAGGAAUCAGCCAAAUAAUUAUAGGUUCAAUAAUAGAAUUAUACUUCGGUGGUUUUGCAACUCACUUGGCAUCUGGUGUUAUUAGCGAGGGCAUAAGCGACAUUAUGUUUGCUGCUGGCGCUUUAAAAUCAGGUUAUUUUAAUUGGAAAGAUUAUGGAACUCACAAACUUCAGAGUAUAGCGUUCACAGCUGCCACUAUAGGUGUAGGUGCAAUUUUUUCCGCUGGCACAAAAGUUUCACGGUAUGGACGCAAAUUGGCUGGUCCGGAUAUUACUAUAAAAGGAAAAAAAGUUGCAGAAAUGUAUGGUUCAGAACUUAUUAAAGCUGUGGGUUUAAAAUCUGUAGGAGUGGCCGUAACUAAGCGUAUUAUGCUAAAAACUUUUCAAGGUAUCACAUUUAGCUUGGCUAAUGCUGGAAUUGAUUAUGUAAUUGAAAACAAUUUGCGAGCAUAUUGCAAACGGCUAGCUUUUGAUAUUUUAUCAGACACGAAAAACAAAAUAGACAAUCAUAAAAUUUCUGCAAGUGUGAAAGAAUUGUUCGAUACAUUUGGUGAAAACAAAGCGAAUGAAAUUUUAAGACAAGUAUUAGAUUCCCAUUUAAAAAAAAAAGAUUUCACGGAAACUUUAUUAUCUACAUACAACAAGGCCGCAGAAAGUUUAGUUCGUGGAAUUGGAGAAGGAUUCAAAAAAUUGAACGAAAGAGAUGAUGAUUUCAUGUUUACUAUCACCAUUUUAACAAAAGCUUUACGUUGGACAGAACGUGGGUAUCAUAUUAUGAAAAUAUCUCAAGUAACUAUUGAUUCUUUAAAUGCCAUAGACAUACAAAUUAGAGAAAAAAUUAAUAGUAAAUCAAAAAUAAAAACUGACAAAAAUCCCAAAUGCGAGAUGGAAGCGAAUGAAAAAGAUUUUGAAACAUUUAAAAAAAAUGCAAAUGAUCAGUUAAAAGCAGUAAUUUGUGGAAAAAUGGAGCAGUUCAUAGAAGAACACAUUGUCAAACCUGUUAUUACUAAAGGAACCCAUAAAUUAAUUACUUAUGCUGGGGAAAAAUUGAAAGAGGCAUACAGAUAUUACAAGGAAAGUGAAUAUUUUAAUCGUUAUAAAAAUCUUAAAAACGAUUAUGAAAAAGAACUACAAAAUAAUGGAAAAUCUGGGGAUGAUUCUGACGUUAAAAAUCACAUUACAAAGAAAUAUCAUAAAAGUUUACGAGAACUGGCUAUUAAAACUAGAAAUCCAAAAUUAUUUGCUGCCAUAGUUCGAGAAAAUGUUGAAAUGGAUAUAACUUGCGUUGGCGCAUGUGCUAAAGUAGUAACUAAAAUAUUAAAAAAUCAAGGAAUCAAUAAAAAUAUAACUGUUGUUGUUGAAACAGAAAAUGGUGUACAACAAACUUUUUCAACAUCAAAUGAAGGUGAAACUCAAAUUAUUAAACUAAAUAUUAAAGAUAAUCAUUUUACUCUUUUUGAGAAUAAUAAUGCAUCAAGUAAUAUAGACGAUUCUUCAUUGAAUAACUGUUUGUAUGAAGCGUUAAUACAAGCCGUACCUCAGCUCAGAGGUAUGAGCAGCCAAGAUUUUAGGAACGCAGUUGCAGAUCAUAUUGAAAAAGAUCCUGAAAUACAAUACCACAUUCAACAAAAUUGGCAUUCGGUUCCUUUACAAUUAGGCGCGUUUGGUGGAGAAAAAAAAAGAAGAAAAUCAUGCGAAGUUAGUGAUCCAGAAUCAUCACCAACAUCUGUCGAUGAACUUGGAAUAAAACAUGUUGAUACUCACUUUGUAGAUCGUUUCUUACGUAUGGUGCGUGUAGACGGGACAAUUCAAAGAAUUUCUGAAGAAGAAAGAAAUGAUAUCGUCAAAGGGGGUCGGAGUGAAACUCAAGAUCGUUCAGGUUCAGUAGAAUUCCCAGCUGCUCACGUGGUUAGAGGUCAAGUUUCUGAACCUUUGAAGAAACACGAAAAACAUUCUCAAGAACUUAACAACAUUUUGGGUCAUACUCAAAUAGUACCACAGUAUGGGAAUGAUUGGCACGGUAUUGGCGGAGUUAUUGACAGAUAUCAAGAAAACCACUUCAACAACCAAAAUCAGUAUAAAUGUGACUUCAGCAAAUCCGCUUUGGAAAAUUAUGAAAAUAUACAAGGAAUGCGAACAUCUUAUUUAGACGUUUUAGAAAAGAGUUUAGAAAAAACUGACCCAGAAAAAUUAGAACAAAAACAACAAAUUAAAAGUGCAAUAAGUACAAUCAGAAGUUUUUCUCCAGAGGAAAUUUUUAGACAGGGGCAAAUGGGAUAUUACCAAUCAGAAGGAGCUGAUGUGUAUUCAAAAGCUUCUUCAAAACGAAAAAGGAGGAAAAUGUAA